UUUUUUUGACUUUCCACUUCCUGUGUGCAUCCAUUGUCUGCCCACUGAGCCCUGGAACCCGCAAUUCUCCCUGACACGCCUCUUCCUGCUUGCCAAAAACCCAAGCAAAUACACUCUGAAAGUGUUUUAUUCUUUUGUGUAAUGGGGCCAUCUUUUGGAUGAUCUUGCUCACUGCAGGUGUCCUGACCAUGUCUAAAGACGCGUUAGCAGAGGCCGGCUGUUAUUUCGACGAACUCAACAAGCUCCGUGCCCUGGAGCCUGAUGUCAGCCAGAAGACGUCGGAGCUGAAAGAAGACUGCAAAGACUUCUUGGACAAAAUCGUCCAGUUCCUGAAGAUUGUCGGCGGCCUCAUGGAGCUGGUGGAUGAGUUGGCAAAUGAGACGGAGCGAGAGAAGUUGAAGGCUCUCGGGACCAGAAAUCUUCUGAAGUUCGUGGCGAAACAAAGGGAGGCCCAGCAGCAGCAACUCCAAGUCCUUAUCGUGGAGAAGAUGAUGCAGCUGGAGCGAUAUCGCAUUGAGUACGAAACCUUGUCCAAAGUGGAAUUGGAACAGAACGAGUUUAUCAAUCAGUACAUUCUGCAGAUGUAACGGAGGAACCGUAGUCAAGUGCCAGAAAACUAACACACCGGACGCAUUUUCGAUGUAUCCGUGUUGUUCGUGUAACUACAUUGUGAAUAAAACUAAACAAAAGUUGUU